UGAGCUAUGGUAAUGGUGGUGAAGCACUAUGCUUAAGCUGCUGCUGCUAUAUAUAUAUAUAUAUUCUCCAAAAUACAUGCUUAACAUAUCAUAUACAGGCUUUUAAGUGUCCCGCUGUAGCUAAUAUUGCCAAGGUUGCUAGCUAGCAAAAACAGAAGGAAAUAAAAAUGGUGAAGAUAGCUUUUGGUAGUUUAGGAGACUCUUUCAGCGCUGGAUCCCUCAAGGCCUAUCUAUCUGAGUUCAUUGCCACUCUUCUUUUUGUGUUUGCUGGUGUUGGCUCUGCUAUUGCUUACAGCAAGCUUACGACAGAUGCAGCUCUAGACCCACCAGGGUUGGUUGCUGUGGCAGUGGCUCAUGCUUUCGGACUGUUUGUUGGGGUAGCCAUCGCAGCCAACAUCUCAGGUGGUCACUUAAAUCCAGCUGUCACCUUUGGUUUGGCAGUCGGAGGGAACAUCACCAUCCUAACUGGUAUCUUCUACUGGAUUGCCCAGUGCCUUGGCUCUAUUGUUGCCUGCCUUCUUCUCCAAUUUGUCACCAAUGGCAAGAGCAUCCCAACCCAUGGAGUUGCUUCAGGCAUGAGUGCUAUUGAAGGAGUAGUAAUGGAGAUUGUCAUAACCUUUGCACUAGUUUACACUGUCUAUGCCACAGCAGCCGACCCCAAAAAGGGAGAUUUGGGAAUAAUUGCACCCAUUGCAAUUGGGUUCAUAGUGGGUGCAAACAUAUUAGCUGCCGGCCCAUUUAGCGGUGGCUCGAUGAAUCCGGCCCGAUCAUUUGGCCCAGCUGUGGUUAGCGGUGACUUCUCAGAGAACUGGAUCUAUUGGGUCGGCCCACUAAUUGGAGGAGGGUUAGCUGGGCUUGUAUACAGUUGCAGUUUCAUUGGGUCUUACUCUGCAGCCCCAUCUUCUGAAGAGUAUGCCUAAAUUGGGUUGUUAAUGCUUUGUUUGUGUGGUUCUGUUUCUUGGUUUCUUGUCUUUGGGGUUGGGCUUGGAGAACUUGUACUUCAUAAUAAGGAAAAUGUAAAUAAUAAAUUGAAUCAAGUUUGAGAA